GGAAACUGUGCGUCAACCCACCAUGAGAGCAGUUUGCCCUUUGAAAAUAACACCACAAGAUUCACCCCUCAAGAGAGAGGUUGAUAACGUUUAAGAUGAAGAAAAGAACAUAUCCGAAGCAUCACUUCUGGCUGGUCAUAAAAAAAAAGAAUUAGUGCGAUGUAAAGAUCUGCAAUAUCUUCCACUGACAAAAUCAACAAGCCUGUGGUUUUGGAGACGGAGCAUGCGAACCGGGAUCGUUCUGUUUUACUUUUUCUUUCCAACUAUCACAAAGGGAUGCUGUGGGAAGAAACAACAGAGGAUUUUGACAGAUCAGCUGUUUCAUCACUACAAAGCUGUGGAGGGGGAAGUCUUUGUGAUGCCAUGCGAUCCAUCUGAGAAGUUCAACGUGAAGAGAGCCGAUGCCGGUGAAGGCAAAACAUGUGGGGAAGAGUUUGUGGCUAAAGAUGCUGGAGCAAAUAGAAGCUUCACAGGGUCAAAUUCGACUCUGCAGGUCAUCGCAAAAACCAGUUUGAGAUGCUUUAAGCCUGAAGAGAGCAGCGUGAUGUUGGUGGUUGACGCUGGUGGAAGCAUCCCCUGCCCCGGACAUGCCUGUUAUAACAACACAGGUGUGGUUUGGUACAAGAAAAACAGACCUGUGUCUAUAGCUAGAGACUCCUGUGUUAAAGACGGGGAGCUUCACCUCUGCACAGUCUACAAAGAGGACACGGGUGUAUUUUAUUGUGACAGACGAAUAACUGAGCAAGGAGUCGCGAGGAUCUUCAGGAGGGCCGUCCACGUUAAAGUCAUACCAUAUUUGCAAGCAAACUCUCCUCCUGUGGUUAAGUAUCCAGCUGCUAACAUGACUGAGGAGGUUGAGCUUGGUCAGCCUCACAACCUCACAUGUGACGUAGACUUUGAUUUUGAGGUAAACAUUUCUCGAAAGGUAGAGUGGUUCAUGAAUUAUGGCGGCGAUAUGGACAACAUGACCCUGUUAGACACGGAGCAGCAUCAUGAAGUCUUGUUUUCAGAGACCAAGGUCACGCAGACACACACCAUAAAGGAAGUGACGCCUCAGCACCUGAAGCACUCGUACACCUGCUUCACCAGAAACGCUAUGGGAAACAGCAGCGUCACAAUUACACUUAAACAAAAAAAGCAAGUAAAAUGGCCGUCACUGGUUGGGUAUCCGUUUGGCUGCUUUCUGCUGGUAGUCUGCCUGGGAAUCACCUUGCAUGUGAAGUGGGUGGAAUUACAGCUCAUCUUCAGAUCACGCUUCCAGUUUGGAAAAGAUGAUGGAGAAAAGGAAUUUGAUGUUUUUGUGUCAUACGUGUGGACGGGUCCAUCAGCAGAGGCGGUAAAUGGUUUGACCAUUUCCUCCAGGCCUUACAGUGAUGCAGGAGAGAUGCAGAGCCGUGAGGAACCGAUAGAAAUGUGGCUGCCACAGGUGUUAGAGGACCAGUGGGGGUAUCGCGUCUGUCUGCUGGAAAGGGACAUUCUUCCAGGAGGAGCUUAUACAAACGAUGUGGUUCUCACUAUAAACAGAAGUCGGAUGCUCAUCUGUGUCCUGUCAGCUGAAUAUUUCGCCAGCAGCAACUCUGUUUUUGUACUGGAAUCAGGAGUCAAGGCCUUACUGCAAAACUCUGCCUUCAAGAUGCUGUUGAUUUGGACCAGAGGAACUUCGGCGUCCUUCAUCCAGCCAGAACCUCCACUGCCCAAACUGGUGCAAAGAGCCUUGAAGGUGCUUCCCAGUCUGCAGUGGAGCACAGACGCACCUUCCACGGCCACCAGGAGCUUCUGGAUCUCUUUGCAGAAAGCUAUGCCAGCUGGUGGAGCGAGGCUGGCUUCACAUUUGCAAUAAGCCUGAGGUGUGGGAAACACGUUUCCCCGCUGGCACUCUACUCAAUAUGCGUUAGUUUUCAUAAAUGUGCGUCACCAAAAGACCAUAUCAGAAAGCUAAAGCUGAGUCUGAACAAAGAAAUGUGUGAAGAGCGGUUCCAUGGUGACGCACAUGCAGGCGUACCAAGUGUUAAUUUAAAAUGCUCGGGGGGGGGGGGGGAUAAAAAAUCAUUUUCCAUCUGCAGGAAUUCGUCCGUCUCAUCAAAUUUUCAUCAAUUCUUCAGUUUAAAACUAUGGAAAGAAAUAAAAACUGAACUGUUAAAUAAAAAUAAAUAAAAAUAAAUAAGACCAUUUUUUUUAUUCAUAUUCACUAGACAUGAUUGAAACAAAGACUAUAGCAAUAGGUGUUGAUAUAUUUUAUUCGGAGAUGUCAGAACGAAUGGUUGCGUAAUCCGCAGAAAAAUCUAAACUACACAUUUUGGACAGUGGGAAAAGAGUUUAAGACACAUAACAUGUUGGUGAGUUAUGAUAUUAAAUUCAAAAGGAAAAGAGUUUGGGAAAGUACCUAAUUUUAACAAAAGUGCAACCAAGAAAGUGUAUAUGGUAACAAUUCAAUGUUUAAAUAUUUGACAACAGAAAACAUUUACUGUAAGCGUGACAAACUGGAGUUCGGCUGCAUGUUUGACAGGCUGAAUGAGGCAGAAAUGAAAAAAAAAAAGAAAAAGUGUGUUCUCAUAGGUGAGGAAGCUGGUGAAAGCAAAGGGCUGUGCAGUAAAAGUGAGGAUCUAAAUUCAAAAAAGAAUUUAAUCUGAAAACAAAACCAAAAAAAACCCCUACACUUAAUAUUUUAACCCACCGUCUAGUUUG